AUGGGUAACGACGGCGGCUCUAUACCGAAGCGCCGCGAACUUGUCAAGAACGCAGCCCGCGCUCUGACCGUCAGCGAGCUCAAGGCCAACGCCCACGAAUCCCUCACUCAUGCCUGGUCGCAUGAUCCAUUGACAAAUGCUCCGCUGGACCUCGAUGCCGUUGUCUCCGACUGGCGUGGGCGUCUGUACAACUACGAGUCCACCCUACACUUCCUCCUUCCUGCCGUCGAUCCCGCCGCAAACACGAUUGAUGAGACGCAGGCCAAUGCGUUUGCCGCCACAGCCAUCCACUCGCUGCGUGACAUUGUCAAGCUGAAGUUUACACGGUCCGGGGAUAAGGUCAAAGACGCGAGAGUAUGCCCGGUAUCAUUGAAGGAGCUAGGACCUGCGACCCGGUCCGUCUACCUUGUGCCCUGUGGACACGUCUUUGCAGACGUAGGCAUGAAGCAGAUCCAGGACAACUCGUGUCCCGAAUGCAGCGAACCUUUCACCACCAAUAAUAUUAUACCGAUUCUUCCUGUCGACGAGGCCGAGACAGAAAGAAUGGUGCGGCGCGUGGAAGAUCUCCGUGCCGCAGGCUUAACACACAGCCUAAAGAAGGACAAAUCUACUGGCAAGAAGAAGCGCAAGGCUGAUGACACCAAGGACGAGGCGUCAGACAAACGUCAAGCAACUGUAGAGAUGCCCAGAGUCAAGAAGAACUCGCAUAGUCGAACAAGCGGCAUCAAUAACGCAUUCGCCGCAAACUUGACGGCACGAGUGUUAGCUGAGCAGGAUGAGCUGCACAAGAGGAGGAAGCUGGCAGCCAGGAGUUAG